AUGAACAAUAAAGUAAGCGUGUACCAUAAUUUGUUGAAGAAUUUAACUUCAAAUAAUUAACAGCUUUAGUCAUUAAUUGACUAAGUAGGUAAGAAAGUAUUGCCUUACUCAUUUUAGAGCUUAUAAAAUGAAGAUUAAUUAAAAGAUAAGCUUUUAUCAUAGAUAAAUCAUUUCGAAAAGUUUUAAGAAAUUUUGAUAAACUAUUCUACUGAAAAUAAGAUUCCCAUUUAAUCAAUAUUCGAUUCCUAUUGGAAUUAUGUUCUUCCUUACUACAAUCAUCUGAUAAACAUCAAACAAAAAAGAGGAUUGAGUUCAGUAAUAUCAGGAGUCUUAGGGGUACAAGGCGCUGGAAAAACUACCUUUAGUAAUUUAAUCUAAAGAAUAGGAGAAUAGGAUGGUAAAAAUGUGAUGGUUUUUUCUAUUGAUGAUUUUUAUUUAAGUUAUGAGGAUAGACUCAAACUUUAAGAGAAAGAUCCUAGAAUAAAAUACAGAGGACCUCCAGGAACACACGAUAUAAAUUCUCUAUACUAAGUAUUUAAAUAAAUAAAUGAGUAAAAACUACCAAUAAAUAUUCCUAUAUUUGAUAAAUCACUUCACAAUGGGUAAGGUGAUAUAAAUGGAUAUAAGAACUAUCCAUAGCUACCAGAUAUUGUUAUUUUUGAAGGGUGGUUUAUAGGUUUAAGAGAGUGCUAAUUAAAAUAAUUAAAUCCAAUUAAUAAUGAAAAUGAUUUAUAAUUUGCUAAGGAUUGCUAAGAAAAAUUGAAAGAGUACUACAAACUUUGGGAUUCUCUUCACUCUCUAUUAAUUAUAACUCCUGAAGAUUACAACUUCAGUAGGUAAUGGAGAAAAGACGCUGAACAUAAAAUGAUAGCGAAAACAGGUAAAGGAAUGACGGAUGAAUAGCUUGAUUAGUUUGUUGAUUAUUUUUGGAAGUCACUACACCCAUAAAUCUAUAUUGACAAUUAACUCUAAAAAAAUUAAUACGAUUUAGUUGUAUAGCUUUCUAUUGAUCACGAGAUAGUGAAUAUUAUUGAAAAAUGA